GUCCACCCAACUCGUGGAGGCCUCCGGGUCGCGGCUUUGGCGGUUCGACCCGGUCGACCCGAUCAACGCGGCCGGAUCUCUAACACGAGAGAAGAAGGCAGCUAUGUCAGAUUAAGGUGGAGCGGAAAGUGGUUGCUCGCUUGGCCGGAUUGGAGCGCAGAAGGAGGGCUGCACGGCUGCAGCCAUGGCGGAAGAAUGGAGGUCACUCAGAUCGAUAGCGGAACUCGUGAGAUCGAUAUUAUUCCCUGAGCUGGUGACCAGGCGGGCGGUAGCUCGGCCUUUCUCCACUCUUCGCGGCGGGAAGGACCCGGAUCCGAAUGCUGCUCCAUGUAAAGGGUUAUACCCACUGGUAAAAAUCCGCCUAUUAAAGCCGCCUCCUCGUAAAUUUGGAUAUCGAGGGUUUACAUUGGGAUGGAAUCAGGAGUAAGGGGAGAAAGACUUGGGACGCAUCCUACUUUCUGGGGUUUCUUUGAGAUAUUUGUUAAUGUGCUUAGGUUUGGAGGUCGACUUGCCGGCUUCCUGAUUCUCCAGGUUUGGCAUAUAUGGUGGAGACUUGCCGGAUGCUUCUUUACAGUAUCUGCUGGUGUCCUCAGUCUUGGAUUUCGCAUUGCUCGUUUUUCAAUUUACCAGGUUGGUUGUAUAUGGAGAAUUGUGUCUAGAUACAUUCCUCACAGGAGUGUAGACUUGGAACCUAGAUCUUCUGGGGAAAAUGCUUCAGAUUCUGAUGUGGACAGGAGCGCGGACUUGGGACCUCAAGCUAUUGGCGCUCAUGCUCAUCAAGAUGGCGAUGGUUUGGUUGAGACUGGGCACACUUCAGAGAUUGGUGGAGACAGUGCUUUGGGUCGUGAUGUGGACAAUCCACAUAGCCUUUGGAAUUCAUUUCAAGCUUUGCCACGUGGACAAAUUUCUUGGGAGACCAGUACUUGUUGUGCCACCAUUUUAUUCAACCAGAUUAUGAUAUUGCUGCCUAUGAAAUUUUUUAAUGGUUUCUGGUUUUUUUAUGUUUCAUCAAAUAAUGUGAUAAUAAUAUCAUGCUCUAUUGUAGUUGUCCGUGAUGCUUUUCCAGUUAUUGUGGGACAUUUGGCUGAGACAAUGCCUUGUGAUGAAGUUAUAGGCAAACCCAUCUUCUUUAUAUGGCUGAUGAAUAUUGGGCUACAGCAAAUUGUGAGAUGCUAUGCAGAUUUUUAAACUUUGGAGUUUUUGGACGGCAUGCACGAGUUCUUUGCGACAUUAAUGAAAAAGAGUUUCUCCAUCUGAUGUGAUGAAACAGCAACUUUCGAUUCAAUUAUGUCGGUCAUUUCAUUUUUCCAACACUUAUGCAUGCUAGGUUUUACACGUAUUUUGUGAUGGAUGAUUUUUUAUUGAUAGCAGCAUUUGUUCCUCUGGUAGUCAGGAUUUUUUAUUUGAUACGCAGUAAUGUUUAUGCUUAUUUUAUUUCAGAAUUUUCAGAUCAUUAUAAAAUUCAUGAUAGGUAUGUUUGUGGUAUUGUAACAUCAAAAAAUAGGAUCAUAUUUGCUACUAUAGUUGGAGAUGUAUAUAGCUACUAUAGUUGGAGAUGUAUAUAGCGUCGAUGUUAUGGAUUUCGGGGUGUAUCAUCAUGUUCGGCAUGGAGAUAAGUCAGUGGAUGGACAGAUAUUUGAUAUGAUCGCAAAUUCUGAGUUUGUUGUAGGAUUGUUGAAUGGGGAGGAGAGAAAUUGACAUAUCUGGAAUCUAUCUAUUUUUGAAUCUUUUCAUAUAGGGGGUGAUUUUCUUGACAGGGAAUGGAAUGGAGGUAUUGUAAGGUGCUGCAUGUUUGAUAGGACUGUCACGGCUUGUGAUCGACCUCAAUUGAGGUUAUUUGAUGUUGAUGCAGAAAAUGGUCUGAUUCCAAGUAGAUAUCCUAAAGUUGGCUGUCCAGUAUUGCAUUCAGUUAUAGAUAUAUGCCACAAUCACUAUUUUGUAUAUAAAGAUAUUCGUAAUUUCUACAAUAUUUGUGAGGUUCGUGGGCAAGACUUCUUGGAUGUGAUUUCUACAUUUGAUAUUUCAUGAGGUGAUUAUGUUUGGGCGUGCAUGAUUCAAGGAUUUGUGUUUGUCUUUUCUGAUAAUGGUUUGAGAGUUUAUUUAUCUUCAAUUGAUUCUGAAAUAGUUGGGCUCCUGAUGUUGGUUUGAGAAUAUAUGAGAGUUGAACUUAUUGAAUUAUUUCAUGGCUUAGCUGCAACUUUUUUGUCUGCUGUUGCUAUCAAUCCUUGUACUCAACUUAUUCAUCUGUGGCUUAGAAAAGAAUCAUACCUCAACUAUCCACUCUAGCUAUCAAAAUUUCGAUGAAUAAAUUGAGUAUGAAGAUUGAUAGUAGCAGCAGACAAAGAAGUUACAACCAAAUCAUGAAAUAAUUCAACAGGUUCAACUCUUUCGUGUAUUCUCAAACUAACAUAAGGUUUUCAUCAAGGAGUACAGCUACUUCAGAAUCAGUUGAAGACAAAUAAACUCUCAAACUAUUAUUAGAAAAUACAAACACAAACCUGGAAUCCAGCAUGCUCAAACAUAAUCACUUUGUGAAUAUCAAAUAUAGAAAUCACAUUUUAGAAGUUCUUCCCAUGAACCUCACAAAUAUUGUAAGAAGUACGGAUAUCUUUACAUACAAGAUAGCGAUUGUGGCAUAUACCUAUAGCUGAAUGGAAUACUGGACAGCCAACUUCAGAAUAUGUACUUGGUAUUAGAUCAUUUUCUGCAUCAACAUUAAAUAAUCUCAAUUGAGAUCGAUCACAAGCCAUGAUAGUCCUAUCAAACAUGCAGCACUUCACAAUACCCUCAUUUCAUUCUCUGUCAAGAAAAUCACCCUCUACAUGAAGGGAUUCAAAAGUAGAUGGAUUUCAGAUAUGCCAAUUUCUUCCCUCCCCAUUUAAUAAUCCUACAACAAACUCAAAACUUGCAGGCAUAUCAAACAUCUGUCCAUCCACCAAUUUAUCUCCAUGCCGAACAUGAUGACACAUCCCGGAUCCAUGACAUCGACGCUAUAUACAUCCCUAACUAUAGUAACAAAUAUGAUUCUAUUUUUUGAUAUUACAAUACCACAAAUAUAUCUAUCAUGGAUUUCAUAAUGAUCUGAAAAUUCUAAAACAAAAUCAGCAUAAACAUUACUACGUACCAAAUCAAAAAUUCUGACUAUUAGAGAAAUAAAUAUUGCCAAUAAAAAAUUAUGCAUCAUAAGACAGUGUAAAGCCGAGCAUGUAUAGGUGUUGGAAGAAUGAAAUGACCGACAUGACCGAAUCGAAGGUUGUUACUUAAUCUUGUCAGAUGGAGAAACUCCUCUUCAUUAGUAUAGCAAAGAACUCGUGCACGCUGUCUAAAAACUCUGAAGUUUAAAAAUCUCCAUAGCAUCUCGCAAUCUGCUGUAGCCUAGUAUUCAUCAGCUUGUUGAAAUAACAGUAUUGAAAAUAAUAAAUAGGAUAAAAAAUAUCUCAAGGUGAAUCAAGAAAUGACGUAAUACCAAUUUAUUCGGAUGGACCCGAACCCACCCAGCCUAGUUAGACCUGACCCAAUCUAUCCUUGAAGAUCCAUGGAGCUAAUUCCUCCUACACAAACCAUGGAGGCAUCAAAAUCAUGAAUCAGUUAGCUAAUAGUUGGAAUUGUUGUAAAUCAAUUAGCUAUUAGUUUGGAUUGUUCAAAGUAAGUUAGCUUGUGUUUCUAUAUGCAUAUACAUAUAUAUGAAUGAAUGAAAAUGAGUGUUUGCAACUAUUCACAACAUAGUCUUUUAUAUUGUUAUUAUUGCUACAGUAUUCCGACUUCGAUCAGAGUGAGUGAAGUGGAUGAUGACUUAUCUCUCGAUGGUGAGAUCUGUAAUAAAGUUUUAGCCAGAGGUAGAUCCGACGGAGAUCCUUUGAUACUCAAAUUAGUAUUUUGGAAUAAAAAAGAAGAGCAUGUGUCAGCGGAGAUAAAAAUCAUACCUAAAGAUUUGUUCGAAGCUCCAAUUUAUAGAUGAGAUUGGAGCCAUUCAUAGAGUAUCAUUUGUGGCCGUUUUGCCCGUUUCGGAUGCUAUGUGGUGAGAUUUGCGAUCAAAAUUCUCGAAAUGGCGUAGUUAUAGCUACCUUAUUUGAAUCAUGGCUAGCUGUGGCCAGACGGUUGUGCUAAUUUGAAAUACAGCAUGAAAAUUAGGUCAUUUAGAGUUGGCAACUGGGAUCGGAUGCUGAUGGGGGGUCGGCACCACCCUCAAAUCAUCAGCUGUCGAGCUCAAAAGCUGAUGGAGAUACGAAGGGGGGUUAUCAUGCGAUGUAGGUUGUCUGAAGGAGAUUCAACAGUCGAAGGUUGGUCAAUGAACUCAAGGGAUCAAAAGCUAUCGAAGUCGAUGGUUGAUAGAGACCAGUAGCCAUCGAAGAGGAUUAGUGAUAUGAAGGAAUUUGAUAGCUGGAGAUCAAAGAGUAAUGGAGAUCGCUGGUUUCGAACCUAGUUGUCGUAGAAUUUGAUCUGAUAG